AUGACGACUGCUCCACCAGCAAUCCUCCGCGCGCUCUCCCUCUCCGAUUCGUCAGAGGUGCGACUUUCUGGUCUAGGCUCCGGCUUUACGAGCACAGGCGUCCUACACGCCCAAGUCCCCGCUCAAAAUGGCACCGAAGAACGCAAAUACUUUGUGAAAACUUCUUCCUCGGGCAAAUCCGCCUCAGAGAUGUUUCAAGGCGAAUACGCCUCCCUAAACGCCAUCUCCACCGCCGUGCCAGGCUUCUGCCCACGCGCACUAGCCUGGGGCACCCUCGACGAGGAAAGCAACAAACCGAAAAACUUCUUCCUAGUCACCGAAUUCCUCGAUCUCAGCGGCGCAAAGGGUCGAUGCAGCGGGGACGCAAACACACCCAGCAGUCUUGCAUAUCGUCUGGGUAAAUUACACACUACGCCUGCUCCGCCGGAUCCGAAGACUGGACGACGACGAUUUGGAUUCCCUGUUGCUACUUUUUGUGGAGACACGAACCAGCCUAAUCGGUUCUGUGAUAGUUGGGCUGAAUUCUACGCUAAUGAGCGGUUACUUACUAUUUUGAAAACGAGCGAGAAGCGAAAUGGUCGGGAUGAAGGGCUGAGGGAGCUUGUGGAGAAGACGGCGAAUGAGGUUGCGCCGAGGUUGCUCGGGGAUGGACAUUUGGGGUAUAAUUCUUCUGGAGAAGGAGAGGGGAUUGUCCCUGUGGUUGUGCACGGAGAUUUGUGGAGUGGGAAUGCGGAUCGGGGGACGAUUGUGGGUAAUGGGGGCGAUGAGAAGGCCGGAGAUGUGGUUUAUGAUGCUUGCUCGGUUUAUGGGCAUAGCGAGUUCGAGUUGGGAAUUAUGCAUAUGUUUGGGGGAUUCGGGGCACAUUUUUUUGAUCAGUAUCAUCGGGUUGUGCCGAGGACGGAGCCGGUCGAGGAGUACGAUGAUCGCGCGAGGUUGUAUGAGCUGUAUCAUCACUUGAAUCAUCAUGCCAUUUUUGGUAGUGGUUAUCGCUCAGGCGCGAUGUCUAUCAUGCAGAAGUUGAUUAAAAAGUACGGUGAUUGA